CGUACAUUGAUAUAUACGUCCACUUGUAAGUACGAUUCAGAGCAACAAUAACUUAAACGUUUCACAUAUUACCUAGAAUAGUUUGCACUCUUACAGUGAGUCGGUAUUAACAGGGACAAAAGGUUUAAGGCCGCCAUUGCCGCCGUCUCCCACGUUUACCGAGUGAACUACAUGUCAUGGCGGAGUGAUUCGAGAGAUGCACUCUGCAUUUUCCUUUUGGAGAAAGUGCUUCGAGUUUUGGGAAAGAAGGCAGAGCUAGACUGGAGGGGUGAGGGGUCUCAGGGACAGCAUCACUUUUGAAACUUUGCAUAGGUUGUUACGUAGAGAUUCCGGAUAAGGCUUUGCCCAUAUUUUUCGCUGUUUGUUUACCUUUGCUAGGUUGGUGUGCUGUGGAGCAAUUUUAGCAGGCUGUUCGAGUCCCAGCAUUUGGCUGGCACACUUAGCUAAUUAUUUUCCAAAAUAGAAUGUUAUCUAGCCAGUCUGGAUCAGCACUGAGUGGUAACGGAUCGACGACUGGAAAUAACGCGGCUCACGGUUCUGUGGUUAUCGGCAGAGGGCUUCGUCCCGGUUCUGUCCGAGCAGGGCAAGCGGUGUCUGGGGUGAGCGAUUGCACUGGUGCGGUCGGACGACCGGGGAGCGGGGCAGGGAUGCUGGGGGGCAACGGUCCAGGCGUGGGGUCUCGUGGAGGAGUGAGACCCGGUAACGGGGCAGGCUUGACCACAUUGCAGUCGGUCAGUCAGGGUGGGCUGGUGGGCUUAACUUCAGGCGUUGGGAUUCCCGGUGGCGGCAGAUAUGAUCCUGAGAAGGAGUGCGCACCGGUGUGUAGCGGUUCGGACGCGGAGUCCGACUCAGGGGACGACGAUGAUCCCAUGAGUUCAGUCGGGGACAACCGGAGAGGUGUCAAGCGGGAGCGGGCAGAGAUGGAAGCCGCUAUGGUAGGGCCAGAAGCAGGCGUUGCUCCAGGGGGUUACGGUGUGGUCACCGGAGGGGUGGCUGGCGCCAAGCCAGGGAAGAAAACUCGCGGACGAGUGAAGAUUAAGAUGGAGUUCAUCGACAACAAGCUGAGAAGAUACACAACGUUCAGCAAGCGGAAGACUGGAAUCAUGAAAAAGGCGUACGAGCUGUCCACUCUAACGGGUACUCAGGUGCUGCUCCUGGUGGCGAGCGAGACGGGUCACGUGUACACGUUCGCCACACGCAAGCUGCAGCCCAUGAUCACCAGCGAGACGGGCAAGGCCCUGAUCCAGACGUGCCUGAACUCGCCCGACUCCCCGCCGCGCUCCGACCCCUCCACCGACCAGCGCAUGAGCGCCACGGGCUUUGAGGAGACGGACCUCACCUACCAGGUGUCCGAGUCGGAGAGCCUGGGCGAGAGCAAGGACACGCUGAAGCCGGCCUUCACGGUGGCCAGUCUCCCCGGCGGCGGCGGGGGCGGCGGCGUCGGCAACAGCAGCACGUCGAGCAGCGCGGCCACCACCACCACCAGCAUGCAGGCCAGCAGCUCCGCCUCCUUCCCCAUCACCAACUACCUGGCGCCCGUCUCCGCGGCCAACAGUGGCGCGGGGGCGGGAGGGGGAGCGGCCCUGGCCAGCGCCAACGGAACUCUGCUGAAGGCGGCGGGGGCUGGCGGAGUCAUGCAGCUGCCUAGCGGCUUCACAUUCAUGUCAGCAGCGGGUGCGGCGUUCCCCCCGGGCACCCCUGCCAUCCCCCUGGGGCAGCUGCAGCAGCACUCGCUCGCCCUGCAGGGCCAGGGGGGCUCCGGCCAGACGCAGGGCCAGCAGGGCCAGCAGGCCGUCUUCAGGCUGCCCGCCGCCGUCUCACUCACAGGUGGAGCGAUGCCGCAGGGUCUGCAGGCCAUCCAGGUGCACCCCACCACCCAGUCCAGCUCCAUCAGCUGCAGCGGAGACAGCAGCCCAGACAUCUCCCAGUCAACCACCUCCACAGCCACAGUCAGUCUCCCGGCAACCAUUGUGACGUCAUCGGUGCCCACCUCCAUGGCGGGCCACAUGAUGUACCCCAGCCCCCACACGGUCAUGUAUGCCUCGGCCCCCACGCUGGCUGACGGGGGGCUGGCUGUCCUCAACGCCUUCUCCGGGGGACCCUCCGCCAUGCAGGUGUCCCACAGCCAGACACAGGACUCAGGUGCAGUCCCCCAGGUGUUCCUGGCGGCCCCCCCGGGCACCGUGCAGAUCCCCGUCUCCGCCGUGCAGCUACAUCCAGUACGGCAAGAUCUCCAAUUUACAAAUGGUGAUUGGGCAGCAGUCAAGCGGCAGCAGCAAUAAUCUAACAGAACUGCAAGUCGUCAAUCUGGAUGCCCAACAGAACAGCAAAGGGGACUGAUGGCCUGGCCGAAGCUAAGCUAAGCUAGGCUACGGCCAGGCUAUCGCUAAGCUGUGGCUAAGCUAUGGCUAAGCUAAGCCUACUCACCAUAGGAACAGCAGGAGGAGAGGGCUCGCCAGUGACUCUCACCACUAUUUAUUGAUGCCUUUUCGACUUUUCAGACAUUUUAUUUUUCAUUCUACAUUUGUUAUACACCUUUUUUGUAAGUGCUUUUAAUUUCUGGUUUUAUUUUAUGUUUUAUUUGUUUGUUCUGACUUGGUAUUGUUUUGGUGUUUUUUUCUGUUGUACAGGAUGUACUGUAAUAUGUGUGUGUUGCACACUGGAGUGUUUUUGGUGUGCAUGACUGUUGACGAAGUUAAGAGCUGAAUAGGACUCCUGUCCAUGUAAACGGGCAUUACUCAGCUUUGGCUCUGUGUCUUGCUCAAUUAAAUGUGCUGUAAUGGAAUUGAAACGGAGUGCCCUUUACCCCCCCUUCAAAACACUAAUGUGUGGACAACAGAAAACUUUCAGUGUGUGUGUGUGUGUGUGUGUGUAUGUGCGCCUGUGAUUGGAUUGCGUGUGUGCACUGCAAACAUAUGCGUGGACAUGCAAGUGAACAAGCAUAGUAUACAUGCAUAUAUACAUACAUACAUACGAAUGCUUGUGUAAGUGUAAAUAUGGCAUAGGACUCAUCACUACACAAGUAGGAAGUCUGCCUUAAUGUGAGGCAAUCUUUUCGACGGUAUUCUGUUAUGAGGUAUGUGUACGUGUGUAUGACACCCCCCCCCCCCUUUUGAUAAAACAGUGUUUGCAACAUAUACACACACACACAGCCUGGACACUGCAGCCUCCCACCUCAGCCAAAGAGAUCUCUUUUUAUCAGUAUUUGUACUUGGUUUGCUGGCCUGUUGGUGUGUGUGUGCG